UCAGCCGGCGUGUAGUGAGGUUGUAUCUGCUUCACGCCCCUUCUGCUCCAAGUUCACCCGGCUUCCCUCCAGCACCCCGGGCUACAGUCAUCUCGCGGGCCGGAAGUGGGCUCGCGCCUCGCGGUUUCUGCUCAAAGGAGGCGACCGUCGCCACAGUGGCGGCCACUACCUCUCGUCCUACCUCCGCGGCCCUGGGCUCCGUGGUGUCGACGGCGUCCGAGCCUAUGGCGGGCCAGGGCCAGUCGGCGUCCGGAUCGUCUGCAUGGAGCAUGGUAUUCCGCCACGUCCAAUAUGAGAACCUGGUAGCGGGCGUGAGCGGCGGGGUCUUGUCCAACUUCGCGCUGCACCCGCUCGACCUCGUGAAGAUCCGCUUCGCCGUGAGUGAUGGAUUGGAAUUGAGACCAAAAUAUAAAGGAAUUUUACAUUGCUUGACCACCAUUUGGAAGCUUGAUGGACUGCGGGGACUUUAUCAAGGAGUAACCCCAAAUGUGUGGGGUGCAGGUUUAUCCUGGGGACUCUACUUUUUAUUUUACAAUGCCAUCAAAUCAUAUAAGACAGAAGGAAGAGCUGACCGAUUAGAGGCAACAGAAUAUCUUAUCUCAGCAGCUGAAGCUGGAGCCAUGACCCUCUGCAUUACAAACCCAAUAUGGGUAACAAAAACUCGCCUUAUGUUACAGUAUGAUGGUGUUGUUAACUCUUCACAGCGACAAUAUAAAGGGAUGUUUGAUACACUUUUGAAAAUAUAUAAGUAUGAAGGUGUGCGUGGAUUGUAUAAGGGAUUUAUUCCUGGGCUGUUUGGAACAUCACAUGGUGCCCUUCAGUUUAUGGCAUAUGAAUUGCUGAAGGUGAAGUACAAUCAGCAUAUCGAUAGAUUACCAGAAGCCCAGUUGAGCACAGUAGAAUAUAUAUCUGUUGCAGCACUAUCCAAAAUAUUUGCUGUGACAGCAACAUACCCAUAUCAAGUUGUGAGAGCUCGUCUUCAGGAUCAACACAUGUCUUACAAUGGUGUAAUGGAUGUGAUUGCAAAGACAUGGAGGAAAGAAGGCAUCGGUGGAUUUUACAAAGGAAUUGCCCCCAAUGUGAUUAGAGUCACUCCAGCCUGCUGUAUUACCCUCGUGGUAUAUGAAAAUGUCUUACACUUUUUACUUGACCUUAGAGAAAAGAGAAACUAAGCUAAAGAAAGAUAAUUCCAGCAUAUCUGCCCAAGGCAGCAACAAGCUCCUUUGUGUUUGAGAUGUAAAAUUCAGAAGAAUACUGCAUAGCAGUAUGGCUCAUAAUCAAAAUUGGUCUAUAAUCAUUAGAAGUCAAAGAACCACUAAGUCUUCACAAUGCUUUUCUGCUUUUUGCCUUCCCCAUAUGUAUGGGACUUGGCUACCUCUGCCUGAAAUGGCUGCCAUCAACAUAGUGUUAAAACUGACACCAAAUGUAGACUUUCACAAGUUUCUCCAUUUCAUUGUUUUAGUAGAAGCUGAUUUGCAACAUUUGCUAAAUGGAUUAAGAUGAAAGUGCUUCUUUUUCUGAAUUCAUUUGCCUGGAUUAAAAUUGACACCUUUGUGCAAUAGCAAGAAAAUAGCUUCUUACAAGAAUGUCAUUGUAUAUUUCAAGGGUAAAUUAAAUUGUAAGGAUUUACUGGUAAGGUGUUGCCCAAAUCCAGACUAUUUUAGGAUUGCGAAGUUUUAGUGAGAAAAAAGUUCACUCUAAAUGUGCUUUAGUUUUAAUUUAGCUGGAAUGCACUCCUAACUAGAGAAAUUUGAGAAGCUGUUUAAUGCACUUUUCAGACAAAUAUCUGUACUUCUCUGAGAAAUAUCUGACAUAGGUUGUCAUCUCAUUGUUAAUUUUUUCCCCAGAGAUUCUCAUAAUUUAAAAUGUAAUCUUGGAUCCAGUUCUUGUUUUUUUGGCAUAUGUACUUAGUGUAUUUUAAAUUUAUAAAAUCUGAACUUCUAGGAUCCAGCUGUGUCAUUCUUUAUUUAAGCAUGUGUGGCUACAAGUCACUUACCAGAAAUACUAAGUAGAUUGUCUUUUACAGAUGCUGGAAUAUUUGGGAUGUGUUUGUUGACAAACUGAAUGGAAAUGAGAAACUAACUUUUUGUACUUUAUUUUUUGGAUAUAUGAGUCCAUAUCCCAGAUAAAUGAUUAAUCUACAUCAGUUGCUCAAAUUCAGGUUGAAAUACAAAUUACGUUAAUGGCCAUUAUUGAUUUUACUUUUAUGAGUCAUUGUAGAGAUCUAUAAAGGCCUGCCCCCAAAAGAUGCCAGAAUAAUACUAAUAUUUUUAUUUAUCAUAAACAUCUAUGAGUGCUGUUGCAUACCAUCUAUUUGUUGUAAAUGAAACAUUGUGGUUUUCAAAGCCAUAUUUAAAUGGUUCUUUGG